AAGGUAUAGUGGAGUGUAGCCAAGCAAACGUCCAUUGACUAAAAAUGUGUGAUGAUUUUGAUGAUUCCGGUGAUGAAAGUAUCGUGAAUGCGCUGUUUUGGACAAAAACUACGAAUUCAGUUAAAAAUGAUGGUUAUAGAAAUGGCCUGGAAGCUGGCCAAGAGGGGAGUCUACAGGCAGGCUUCAAUUUUGGAUUCUCGCUCGGAGCUACACAAUUGUUCAAGUUGGCCCAACUCAGGGGCAAAAUUAGUGGCAAGCUGGCAUAUAGUGUUAUGAAGCCUGGCUACAUCUCUACAGAGCAAAAGGAACAGUUGGAGGCCCUCCUUGGUGAUGUUGUUCAGCAGGAAAUGGACCAGAUGGAGUUUUCAAAGGACAGAUUGAUACCAGAGCUAUUGGAACAGGCUGUUUGCCUGAACUCAUUGGCAGAAUGCAGAGAUGCAAGUACAUUACUUAACAAAUCAGAACAAGAGUCAAAGACUCAGGAUAUUUUAGAUGGAACAGAAGUAGAUUCAAAGACUAAGAAUAUUUUAGGUGGAAUGGAACUAGAGUCAAAGUCAAAGAAUAUUUUAGAUGGAACGGAACUAGAGUCAAUGAUAGAAGAUGUUUUAGACCAUAAGGAAUUAUUAUCUUCUGAAAGUAAAGGUUGUGGGGACAAUGAAGACAUGGGAUCACCUAGCGGAUGUCGUUGUCAGAGUUCUGGUGGAAAAAAUAAACCCUCUUGUCAAGAUGGUCUAACAAAAUGUGAUAAAGAUGACAACUGUUGUCAGAAAAUCACAAAAGAUGUUGUAGACAUUUUGAACUUUUCUGAGAAGGGAAAUGUGGACACAAAAAUUAGUGGAGACACAAGCAGUUCCACACAUGGUGUUGAGGAUAAAUUGAAGGAAAUGCAAGACUGUUUUGAUAAAAUUAUGUCUUAGGUAUACUUUUUGAUAACAUGAUUCUGAAAUAAAAAAGAAAGAAGUCAAGUGUUUUUUUUUAGUUUGAAUAAAAAAUACCAACAUGGU